UUGUCAAGUUUCAGUCCAACUUCAAUCAACAAUAUGAAGGCUUUGUGGUUACUUACUCCAGUAGGCAGCCCCAUCGAUGCUGGGGUAGACUGAUUGGUGUAAGUUGGAUGGAUCUGAGAGAUCCAACAAUCACAACAUCUGACAAAUUUAGCUUGUACUUUGGGGAGAAUCACUCAGAAGAAAGCUGUCAGGAAGCCUGUAAACAGGAAGAAAGCUGCCAGGGUUAUUCUCUAAACCUGACCAGUAAUGGCUGCUAUGGACUGCUGAAUACAGAUGACAAGAGGCACUACCGUUUUGAUGUUGAGCAAGACCAUGUCAUCAGUGGAUUCAAACAACCCUGUGAUGUGCAAUAUGACAAGUACACAGACAAGAGUGCCAUGUUUGGCUUGGUCUCUGUUGGAGGAACUGACAACAGGCCGGACACAGUCUUCUUAGGAGAAUUCCAAAGUGAAGCAGCCUGCGAGUAUGCCUGUUCUUUAGAGAACUCCUGUCAGGCAUAUACAUGGGUUACUAGAACCAACAUGCCUGACCUGUUGCAAAAGUGCUACGGGAGAAAUGUAGCCAAUCCCACCUUACAGCAAACAAGAGGCAAAUACACUGGCAUCAAGAAGCAGCAAUCAUCAGUGUUGACCAAGCCCACAGAUCUCUAUGUCCAGUCAGUCACGUCCAGCACAGUGGACAUCUUACUGGUCACACAACACCAGGUCCGCAUCUCCUGCGUCCCUACUUGUGACCGUGUAACAGUGGACAACAUAAAUGGAGUGACCUCUGCAACUUUUAGUGAACUGCAGCAAGCAACAAGUUAUACCAUGUAUGUGCGAGCCUUUGAGACAUUUGUUGAGAGUGAAGCAGCUGUAGUGACAGCAUCCACCAUGUUUGCAGCUCCAAAUGUCACACUCACAAAAAGUGCUUGGAACACUGUUAACAUCAGAUGGCAAAAGGAGGCCUUUGCAUGGGAAGAGGCUGCCAUUUCAAUGAACAUUAGCUGUAUGCGGAAGAGACAUGGGCAUUUUGAGAAUGGGGAGGAAUGUGGAGUACUACAGGCAAACAAUGCUGAAGGUGAAGUAACAAUGGAUGGGCUGUUCCAAGGCAUGGACUACACCUUCACUGUGGAGAGGAGAGCUGGAGAUACUUUAAGAGGAGACACUGCAGAAGUAUCAUCUUAUGUUGGUCUCAUUGCACCUACCAGUCUAACAGCAGUCACCAUUGGAGCUCAGACAAUCACUAUAGGCUGGAGACUGGACAGUGAUGAAGGGCCUGUUAUUCCCACAGUGACAAUACACUGUGUACCAGCUUGUGUGGUAAAGCUUGUUAAUGGGUCUACUGCAGAGCUGAGUGAUCUGCAGGCUGGUACAGAUUACAUCAUCCUGGUCUGGACAGAGUUCUCUGACCUACAGAGUGAUGUAGUAACCAUAACAGCAACAACAUUGAUCCCACCACCAUCAGGUUUGCAGGCACCACAACUGUCACCAUCCAGCAUAAAACUGAGCUGGGACAGCCCAGCUGUGCAACCAGACUCCUACCAGAUCUCCUAUAGGUUAGACAUUAGGUUUAUGUGA